AUGUUUGACGACUCGAACGUGAAGCUUCUCGAGUUUUUCAACGCGCCGGCCACCUGGUACGCGAUGCUUGGCUCCAAUUGCACAAGCCACAACGGGCGGUUGGAGGUCCGCGUGCCUGCGGCAAUGCGAUUGCAUGUGCUGGGCUCUCCCGAUCCGCCACCGGCCGUCGAUCUGCGCAGCUGGGCCAGGUCGCCAGCGCCCACGCACUACUCGCUUCGAGUGCUGAAUGCUGGGCUCGGUACGACAGCAACGCACUUCACGCACACUUUGUUCUGCGACCUUGGGAUGCGCGCCGUGCAUCACGAGCAGUCGUGCAACCUGCCGAUGGGGUCUCAGCAACGCGUGCUCAGUGUCUUCCGUAGAUAUAAUCGCCUGCGGGACUGCAUCGCUUCACCCCAUCACUGUUCCAACGUAAUGCAGUGGAAGCAGCAGUUCGCUAGGGAUGUGCUGUGGCUCAUCUCGCGCCAUGGCGGCGGUGUUGAGGCGCUCUCUGACGUCCCCUAUGCCAACAUCUUCCGCGAGCUGCUGGUCCUGAUUCCCACGCUUCAAGUGUUGCACACGGUUCGUGAGCCGUUUGAAUGGGCAACGCAGCGCCUUCAUGCUUGA